AUGGGAGAGGGGAGAAUUCCGCCCUCGCCCUCGUCUUGUACUCGAAAGAGGAACGCCUACUUAAAGCCGCUGGCAAUUUCCUCUGCAUAUACGGAACACGAAAGGCAGGAGCUUCAAGAAAAGCUGGACCAAGGGCUCACAUUGUCAGAAAUAUCACAGCGCCCAGGCAUAGGAGGAGUUAAGCUGGCUUACAUUGAGGGCUGGAGAGUAAUUUCGAUUGCAAACGAAAUAUUUGGGUUCAAUGGAUGGUCCUCCGAAAUAAUGCAAAUAUCAACCGAUUUUGUCGACGAAGACUCGCAAGGGAGAGUUUGCAUUGGGAUCUCCUGCACCGUUAGGAUAUAUUUAUCGGAUGGUACCUUCCAUGAUGAUAUCGGAUAUGGAAUCUCGGAAAMCCAAAAAUCCAAGGGGGCUGCCUUUGAAAAGGCUAGAAAAGAAGCAGUAACCGAUGCCACUAAAAGGGCCCUCCGGUGUUUUGGAAAUCGGCUUGGGAAUUGCAUGUAUGACAAGUCUUUCCUUCGUUCUCUUCAAAAUUCAAGGAGCCAUUCAAACUAUCCCACCAAAGCUCCAGUGCCUUGCAAGCCAAUCCAGACUAUGAGAUUUCCCUCGGAUCAAGUCAAUAUGAUGUCGAUUCAGCACGAGUAUAUUCCCAUAAAGAAUGAACAAAGUUUGGCCGAUGAGUCGAUUUUACUUCCAGGGGAAGACUAUGAAGGUAUGUGGUAUUGGAGACACCCGAUUUUCUAG